AUGCAAAAGUACAUUCAAAUCACAUCAAAUGGAGAGUUCACAUCAACUCCUUUCAAAAUUAAUCGGUUGACAGUUUCAUUUGGGAAAGAAGGAACACAUGUCUUAAUUCCAAGUAUUGAUUAUCAUGCGUUUGAUUUAAUAUUUGUUAAUCCAAAAGAAUCAAAAGGGUUCCUCAAAUCAUAUACUACUGAACCUAUAAAAAUUAAUCAAAUGACAGUCACUAAUAUUGCAGAAAUUGAUAAAGGUGAUGUGAUUACUAUUGGACAACUUUCUAUGUUAUAUUAUGUUGACCAUCCUGAUGUGGAUUGGAGACGAAGUAGUGAAUUGAAAAGAGAGUCAUUAACUAAUGAAUUAAAAGGAAGUUUACUCCCUCCUGCUGUAGAAGUUACAAUGAUUCAAUUCAAAAAUCCAUUGUUAUCACAUCGUCCAUCUUUGGAAUCAACCCAGCAACAAGAAGUUGUUAAAAAUGAUAUUAAUGAAUCAACUGUAAAAGAAGAUAGUCAAAAAAGUGAUGUUUCAUCUAAUUCCCAAACAACAAUUAAAAGAAAAAUGCUCAAUGAAGUAAUUGUUCAUAAUAAUUAUGGUGAAGGAGAUCAAAGACUUAUUGAAAAUAAAAUAAAAUCACCACCAAAUGAAGAAAUAAAUAAUGAAAUAAAAGAAGAAACAAAACUAGAAGUACAAAAUCAACCAAAAAAAAAAGUGAUUCUCCUUGGACAACACAGAGACUCACAACAAAAAAAUGAAACAAGUAAUCCAAGAAAAUCUCAACUUCAAGAAACAGAAGACUCAGAGUCUAUAGCAUUUAAAUUAGGACCAUUAGAAGAUUCAAAAGAAGAACAAGAAAUAUAUCAACAUAAACAAGAUUUAGAAGAGUCUUAUUCUCCAUCUCCUUUCAACCAAGAAUUAAUUAAUCAAGAAGACAAAGAAUUAAAUAAAGAAUUUGAAAAUGAAAGUGAUAGUAGUAGUAGUAAAGAAGAAAGAGAUAAUGAAGAAAUUUUAGAGGAAGAAGACAAACAAGAAUUAAGUGAUAUGUCCAAUAUUGUAGAUGAGAAUGAUGAUGAACAAAUUGAAGACAGUAUCAAAAUGAUGUCUAUAGAAGAUAUUCGAGCAACAGAACUUGAAGAAAAAGAACAACAAUUAAAAGAAGCUAAAGAGUAUUCCAAACGAUUUGAAAGUAAAGUUAAGAAAGAAAAGAUUAAUGAAAGUAAAGAAGAAAGAAUAGAAGAUAAAUUUGAACAACCAACAAAACGACGAACAGAAGUUGGAAUAAAAACUAAAAGAUCAAUUGUUUUUCGUAAAGGAAUAUCAGGAAAUACAUUUUAUUUUGGAAGUAAUGAAAUAUUAUACAUUAAAUUUGAAAAAGAAAUUAAAAUGUAUGGAGGAAUUAGUCAUCAAGGAUAUCCAGAUAUUGAUUGUCAUCGUAUUACUAAUGAAAAUAGUUAUCAAGAAAAUAGUUUAUUAGAAAGUAAGAUAUUUUAUGUUUGUGAAAAAGGAAAUGAAGGAUUAUUAAUGCCAUAUUUAUGUUGUAUCCUUCAAAGAAUUUAUGUUCUAUCAUCAUCAUAUCUUGAAGAUGUAGUAACUCGAGAAGUAGAUUUUAAUGAUUAUUUAUUACCUAUUUUUCCAUUAUCUUCUAUUCAAAAAGGAAAAUUAUUACAUGGAUAUAAAAUAGAUAUGAAUGCUUUGCCAAAACAACCAAUUCAUUUUGAGUCAUUUGAUCCAAAUGAACAAAUGAAAAUACCAAAAUUUGCACCUAAAAAAACAAAUCAUUCAUAUGGAAGAAGAUUUACAGCUUCAGAUAAAAUUAAAAAAGAAAAAGAAAUUCAUAUAGAAAAUUCAUUUAUUGAAUUAUUUAUUAAGAAAAUUGGAGGAUUAUUUAUUGAAUCAUCUUCUGGAAGAAAAAAUGCAUAUGAUUUCUAUGUUGAAUUUGUUCAAGAAAAUAAUGAAAAUGAAAGAAAAAUUACUAGAAGUAGUUUUAAUCCAAGAACUGCUGGAAAUUUUGUUGAUUUAACAUGGGUUUUUGAAAUGUUAAAAUCACAACAUUUUAUUCAUCCAAGUGAAUUUAGUUCUAUACCACCACCAGAACAUUCAUUUAUUUCAAGCUAUGAUAACUUUUAA